AUGAGGGACUGGGUUUUGGAGAAUGGCUCUUGGAACAUUCAAAAUAAACCCCUAGUAUUAAGGAAAUGGGAGCCGAGCUUAAAGAAACUAGACUUUGAUUUUAAGCAUAUACCAGUGUGGAUCCAGCUUUAUGAUGUUCCUCUUGAGCUCUUUUCUAGGGGAGGCCUUAGCUAUAUAACUAGUGCUGUUGGGAUCCCUUUAUAUAUGGAUUAUGUUACUGCUUCGAAUGAGAUAUUGGAAUUUUCCAAGGUAUGUGUGGAGGUUGAGGCUGGGACAUUGUUACCUGAUGUAAUCAAUGUAGUAUUGCAUGAUGGCUCUGUAGUGAUGAUUUGUGUCUAUGCUCCUUGGUUCCAUAAGUUUUGUACUCAGUGUAAAAUCUUUGGGAAUCAGACCCAUUCAUGUGUUGAGAUUACUAAAGCUAAGGGGAAAACUAAAGAUAAUUUGAUUUGGAGGCGAAAGGAUAAUUCUAACCCUGGUUUUCUUGAGAAGUCAGACAAAAUUGUCAAUGUAGUAGCUAAUUCUGUUGCACAGUGUGGAGAGGUGCCUAAGCUUUUAUCUUCUGAGCUGAAGGAUACGGUACAAGUGAUUGUUGAAGAUAAUAUUGGCUUCUCUCAAGAACCUGUUAAGGUUAUUUCUGAUGUAACUGAUAAGAAUUUACAACAUUCCGUUGACCAGGUUGGUGAGGGCCUGCCAGGGGUUGCGGCUGAUAGGUCUUUGCCUUCAGUGGAUCAAGAGAACACUAGAUGUGGUGGUGCUGUUAAUGGAAAUAAGAUGGCUAAGAAAAAGAGACUACCUUUAUCUGUUCUUAAGAUAUGUGAUCAGGCUAUCUCAAUUGUUGGUGAUGUGGUUGGUCAUAAGAUGGUUAUUACUGAUGUAUAUGGCAGUAACAACAGUCUGGUCAGGAGAGGCUUAUGGGCUCAUCUUAAGAGCUUGGAAUUUGAUGUCGGUUCCUUUUCUUGGGUGGUUGGGGGAGAUUUUGAUGCUCAAGAGAAUUCUGACAUGGAUGAUUUUAAGGAGUGUUUGGUGGACUUAGAGCUUCAAGAUCAUCCUUACAUUGGUCCUCUUUUUACUUGGUCAAACAAGCAAGAAAAUUCCUUCUUAGCUCGCAAGCUAGAUAGAAUUUUAAUAAACCCUCAAUGGUUAUUUGAGUUUCCAGACUCUGCUGUGGAAUUUAAAGCCCAGGGUGUUUCAGAUCAUUAUCCUGGUGUUAUUUGGACUCAGAAAAGGGCUCAGGUUCAUAAGCCAAAGCCGUUCAAGUUUUUUAAUUGUUGGACUGCUAAUGAAAAUUUCUUGAGGGUUGUUAAAGACUCUUGGCUAGAGCAAUGUGGGGGCAAUACUAUGCAGUUACUUUUUAAUAAGUUGAAGAGACUUAAUCCAUUAUUAAAGGAAUUAAACAGAAGCCAUUUUUCAGAUAUUUCUAGCAGAGUAGUUGUUAAAAGGGCUGAGCUUGAAUCAAUUUAA